CCCUUUGGCAUUGUUUCAUUCGAUAGGAAUACUCUCAAAUCGGAGCCAACAUUUUAGUGGAAACAAACUCAAUUUUUUGAAAAUCUAACUGUGUUAAUAUUGCGAGCAUCAUCAGAUGUCUGGACUCGGAAUCAAUGGCUUUGGACGCAUCGGUCGCGUGUUUCUACGCAACUGUCUGAUGCGCAAGGAGGCGCAAGUGCUGGCCAUCAAUGACCCCUCAAUGGACCCCAAGUACUUGGCCUAUAUGCUGCGUCACGACUCCACGCACGGCAUAUUCAACGAGAAGAUCUCCCUGGAGGGAAACACAUUGGUGGUCAAUGGGAAGAAGAUCAAGCUGCUGAAGGAGUCCGAUCCCAAGAAGCUCAAGUGGAAAGAUCUGGGCGUGACAACUGUCGUCGAUUGCUCGGGCCGCUUUACCACUUUAAAGGCGUGCCAGGUCCAUUUGGAUGGGGGCGCCAAGAAGGUGGUCAUCUCUGCCCCCUCGUCCGAUGCCCCGAUGUUUGUGUGCGGCGUUAAUUUGGACAAGUAUAAACCGGACAUGAAGAUCAUAUCGAACGCCUCAUGCACCACCAACUGCCUGGCCCCGCUGGCCAAGGUGGUGCACGACAAGUUCCAAAUUGUGGAGGGUCUGAUGACCACGGUGCAUGCCGCCACCGCCACCCAGAAGAUCAUCGAUGGGCCGAGCAACAAGGCAUGGCGCGAUGGUCGCAGUGGAAUGUGCAAUAUCAUACCAGCAUCCACGGGCGCUGCCAAGGCAGUGGGCAAGGUGAUUCCCUCUCUGAACGGGAAGCUCACGGGCAUGGCGUUCCGUGUGCCCGUCCCAAAUGUCUCUGUGGUGGAUCUGACAUGCCGCCUGGAAAAGGCUGCCAAAUUGGAUGAUAUCAAAAAGGCCGUAAAGGCAGCGGCCGAGGGUGAUAUGAAGGGUAUCCUUGGCUAUGUGGAGGAGGAGGUCGUCUCCUCGGACUUCAACGGUUCGCGCUUUGCGUCCGUUUUCGAUGCCAAGGCCUGCAUUGCCCUCAGCGAUAACUUUGUCAAGCUGAUUGCCUGGUAUGACAAUGAGACGGGCUACUCGUGUCGCCUCUUCGAUCUGAUUGUGUACACCCAACUGGCGGACAAGUGUGCCGAGGAAGCGCUGAAGAAGAUGUGUGCUGAGAAAGAGCUGAAGAAGAAGUGCGCCGAGGAGGAGCUGAAGAAGAAGUGUGCCGAGAAAGACAAGGAUCCCUGCAAGAAGAAAUAGGAAAAAAAUUAUAUUUUAAUUAUUUUAUUGUGUUAUAGAAAUUCCCUUUAUACGAAUUUAAUAUUUUAUUGGGUUCACCCAAG